UUUUAUCAUCCGCCCACACCUCCCCGUCAGGAUGCGUCAGGAUGGGGGGGGCAGGAGUUUAGAGCGUUUGAGGGUGUGGAGGCUUCGGGUGGGAACAGCUGACAUCCAACCUCCUCCAUCCAUCAAAGGAAAGUGAGGGAGUGUACUAAAGGAUUUGUGUGACUAUUAAUUUAAACCUGACGAAAGCUUUGGUUUUGUUAUGUUUUAUCAUUCGUAAACCUGCAGAACAUGACAAAUUUCCAGACGACAAAAAUAGAUGAAGCGUACAGUUCCAUUGGGGAUACCAGAGUUGAACAACUCUGUAGAACAUUAGUGGGCUUUUUCUAAGCACUGGAUAUUGUAAGUUUGUCUUUUACAACAAUACUCUCCUUGAAAGUUCCAUUUAAAAUUCCUGUAUUUUUUAUUGUUUUCAGAAUCCUAGAAAUAUAAAUUUUUAAUAGAUGUAUAUUUGCACAUAGUGUUGUGAAAUACAGAGUAUGAUGGCUGGAUAAAAUUGCGAAAUGCUCCAAUGUAAAUGAAAGGCAAUUAUAAGAAAGGGUUCGUACUGAUAGAACUGACUGGACUAAAGGCUCAUGUUAGUUAGCAGAAGAAUCACAAGGUCUAAAUAAAGCAGAGGAAGGGUUCUAGUGGAAAGCUCAUGCUAAUGGCUUUGUAGUUUCCUACAAACCCUCAUUCUUGCUGCUUAGAUUGCACUAUUGUGGUUGGAUUUGUGUAGUGGUCGACUCAUAUUGACAAGGUCUAUGUGAACCUGUACAGCUAACAAAAAUAAAGGCAUGUUACCUGUUUUGCACUCAAUUCUUUGUUAAGAACAUGGCUUGGAGUUUGAAUUUAGUUUAUUUUUUAUUAAACCACUUUUUUUUAUGUUGUCAAGGAAUACAGUUUUAGCUGUGUGGAGGUAGGGCUUUUUUUUACCAAACAAUCUUGAUCAAGCAUAUCUUCAGUAAUUAGAUACAGGAUUCUAUUUUGAACCUGGUUUUGAUGUGCACUAAAUACUUGUUUGUUGGCAGGAAAGGCUGCUGUCCAGUCAGAAAGGGUGUCAUAUUUAUAUUAUAAAAGUGUUAGGCCAGGUAAAUGCUUUAAAAGCUGAAAACAAAGUAAUUCUGGGGAGACCAGGCAAGAUAUAUUCAUGUUCCCACUGCUAUAAACAUAAGCAGCUGUGAGGCCAGGAGUUAUUUUUUUUUAGUUUAGUCUAGUGAUGUAAUGAUGUUUACUAAGUGUAUAAUUGGGUUAGUGUUUGUGAUCUGUAUUGUUUAUCAACUAUUUAUUGUCAUAGUUUCCUCUGCAAAUGUAAUUGUUUUGUAAAGAAUUAAAUAAUGUAUUUGUAGUGUUUUUUUCUAUGUAGCUGGUAUUCCUCUGUCUUUGUGCAACAGCAGCUACACAUAAUUGCUGUGUUUUUGUUCAUAACCAGACAAUACAUUUAUUUUUGUUUAAAACUGAAGUCAUCCACACAUCAGAUCAAAUACAAACAUCUGAUUCCCUUAAUAGUUUCUGAUGGACUUGGACUGUGGUUUUAGUCUUCACAACAAUAAUACAAAAGUUAGGAAUAAAGAUAUACUGUCUCAAUAUGGGUCCAUGUCCAUGAUGUUAAAGAAACAAAACAAAAUGUACAGAUGAAUAAGGCCUAAAUAUGUAUUUGGUGUUCAUGUUGUAAGUAUAUAAAGAAUAUAAUGGAUGUACUCACUUAACCAUUAACUGAACCAUAGCAUGAAGCUACCCUGCAGAGGAAGGGUUAAAAAACAAUGUGAUUAUCCCUGUCUUGUGAUCUAAACCUGUGCCAUGAAAGAGGGCCUUGUAUGUGCAGUGAGCCACUUUGGGACGGAGAAAAGCUGCAAGAAAACAAGCUGACAAAACAUUUUGGGUUGGAUAUUUUACCUUUCCACACCAUGAAUCUUAAAGUGUGGGUCUUUGGUAGAAAGGAGACACAUGCUGAGGAGCUUUAGCUUGGGGUUGUCAUGGAAGCAGACACGCUCCUACCUGCCCAGGUUCCUGCUCUGGGCCAGCCAGGGCGACCCCCCCAGGUUCUGGGCCUGAAGAGGCUCUCCUUUGCCUACCAGAGCAUGUUGGAGAUCCCCUAUGAUAUCAUCUUAGCCCAGCGUGAUACCUUGGAAGUGCUGGACCUCAGUUACAACCUCUUGGAGGACCAUUAACGGAACCCUGCUCUGUUGGGAGAGAUGGACAGGUUGAGCACUCUUAUUCUGGACUGCAACAACUACUCGUCCCAUGUCAAGUUCCCUUACAUGCCCAGAAUCACCACUGUGUGGAUCAACAAGAACAAGAUUAGCAAUCUGCCCAUCUUUGUGGAGGAAAUACGAUGCAAAUUCCCUAACAUCAAGAUUCUCAGCAUGAUGAACAACGAGGCAGCGCCUAGCUACUUCAAUGGAGGGAGCUUUACCCAGUACUUAGACUAUAGACAGUAUGUGAUCAGCCAGGUUCCUGGCCUGGAGAUUCUGGACGAUACAGAGGUUCUGGAGAAGGAGAGAGUCCAGGCUAAGAAAACCUACAAGAUGCAGAGAACCAGAGAAGGAAGUAAAAAAAGGAGGUCCGAGCUUCAGCAGUGAAUCCUGCAAAUCUACCUGAACUGAAGUUAUGCCCUGAUCUUAAAAAGAAGAGGAUAAGAUACAUAGAGAUACCAGAGACAUUAUUAUAAUGCCCUGACUUAAUAGACUGAACUAAUAGACUGAACUAAUAUACACAUGCAACAGAAACACAAAUUGUAUACAACCUCUUCAUGGCUCAUCCCAUAUUUUCUUAUUGUGUAGGUUUGUGCAUUUAACUAUU